UCACGAUCUCGCGUUGCUUCUCAGUUUUCGCUGCAUUUUGAUUUAUUGUGCAUUUCGUGCCAAAGUAUGAAAAGAUAAUCGUGACUCAAGUACAAUGAGAGAAAGAUUCUUUCUAAAUAUUUUCUUGCGUCUCUGCUCAAGCUAGAAAAUGCGACGAAGAGAUCGUUAGACUUCGAACAGAUCUCCAGGGAAAAUUGCAAUGGAUAGCAUCGCAUUAUUGGCAAAGAACAAACGAGAAUGUUCAAGGGGACAUCAUUAUCAUCAUCGAUCCAUAAGAUCACUGUAAGAAAGACAAUUGCCUUAAUGCGGUUUUUGUGAAAAUGAGCGUGGACAGACUUGCAUUUUAAAUUGCGAUUAUUUCGAAUAUCCUGAUUUUUAUCCUCAAUGGAAGAACAGAGCAGCAGAACGUGAUAGGACGAUUUGUCGAAUGAUCACUUGCGAUCAGGAAAGAAAUCAAGACUGUGCAAUCGCGUCGAGAUUACGCUAAAAUUCCUAUCUAAUUUACUUAACGGCACGAAGAUUACCUUGACCGUUCUGAAAGCGGCGUCAAAUCAAGGGGCAAAAAAAGAGAGUCGGUAAAAAGUGGAGUACUACUAGAAGCAAUCUGAUCACCGUUAAACGGACAGAUCGCGAAAUGUUACGCGGCGCGUGUGGACUACGAGGCAAUUCGAUUAUUUCUUGGACCCUCGAAGUGCAGUGAUAACGAUAGCUCGCGAUCGUGCACGAGAUCUGCAUGGUGAUCGGUAAACUAAAACGUUAUUCGGUAUGCCGUAGCACACCUUGGUGAAGUAAUUUCGAAAGCGAAAGUUACGAGUCCAAGGCGUGACUGAGCUGUGGUUGUGCGAUUCGAUUUUCGAAUCAAUCUUACAAAGUUUCUUGGAGGAUUCGCUUUCAGCGUGGCGUGAUACCACCGUGAUACAGCCUUCUUCCAGAACGUUUCAGAUUAGAUUACGCGGCUCCGCUGCGCCACAAUGGUCAACAGAGUCCAGAAACGUCCGAAAGGCGGCGCCACGUCGGUGAUCUCGGAAGCGCGCUGUCGCGGCAACGUCACUUCCGGGGUAAUCUGCUUCACAUGCGGCGUGUGCUUCAUCCUGAGCCUGACUUGCACCUGUCUAGUGACCUUGGUCGUCCUGCUGGACCAGACCGCCGAGGCGGCUAGUUACGACUCCGACAGACUAGAGGCAUACACAGCAAUGAUGAAGAACUUGACGGAUCCUGGUGAGAGCUUCAGAUUGCCCAAGGAAGUCAGGCCCAUGCACUAUGACCUUUUCUUGUACCCGGAUCUGGACAAGGGCAAGUUCUCCGGAAACGUAACUAUUCUUCUGGAUGUACUCGACAAGAGGAGGACCCUUGCUCUGCACCAGAAGAACCUCAACAUCACAUCUGUGAGCCUGAAGUCUUACGAUCUGGCGGAGAACGUCGAGAUUAAUAUUUCAUCCACCAGCGAGUCCACGAAGAAUGAAAUGUUUGUGGUGUCAACCGAGAACGAGUUCAAUCCGGGCUUGUACAAUUUGUACCUGGAAUUUAACGGAAGUCUUGAGAAUAAGAUAGUUGGAUUCUACUCUAGCAGAUACCAGCAAGCCGACAAUAAAACCAGGCUCAUCGCCACUAGCAAGUUUGAGCCGACCUACGCCAGGCAAGCUUUCCCAUGCUUCGACGAACCCAGUUUCAAGGCGAAGUUUACGAUUCAGUUGGUUCAUCCUAACGGUAAUUGCUACAAUGCCUUGUCCAAUAUGAAUGUGAAGCACACCGUAGUGGAUCAGCCAGCGCGGGGUCUGACAACAGUGCACUUUGCGGAGAGUGUACCCAUGUCGACGUACCUGGCUUGUUUCAUCGUCAGCGACUUCGUAGCCGUGACUAAGAUGGCAAGGGGCUUAAACGACCGAGAAUUUCCAGUCAGCGUUUACACCACGCGACUCCAGCCGGACGAGAAGAAGUACUUUGCCCUGGACGUCGGUGUGAAGGCCAUCGAGUAUUACAUAAACUUGUACCGAAUAGAUUACCCAUUACCAAAACUCGAUAUGGCCGCUAUCCCGGAUUUUGUGUCCGGCGCUAUGGAAAAUUGGGGCAUGAUUACGUACAGGGAAACGGCACUUCUCUAUAAUAACUGUACGAAUUCAAUCAUCGACAAGUACAACGUGGCCAUCACGGUUUGUCACGAGUUGGCUCACAUGUGGUUCGGAAAUCUUGUUACCAUGUCCUGGUGGAAUGAUUUAUGGCUCAACGAGGGUUUCGCUACGUUCAUGUCGUAUAAAAGCGCAAAUGAAAUUCUGCCAAACCAGAAAUUUAUGGAGAAAUUUCUCGCCGAUGUCGUAUACUCGGCGUUGAUUGCCGAUGCACAACUGAGCUCUCAUCCCAUUGUUCAUGACGUUAAGAAUCCGGACGAGAUAACAUCCGCUUUCGACGAGAUAUCCUAUAAAAAGGGUGCAUCGAUAAUUCGCAUGAUGGAGAACUUUAUCGGGCCCGACGUUUUUUACGGUGCAAUCAGCACCUACUUGAACAGGUACGCGUACGCGAACGCGGAAACCGCGGAUCUUUUCAGCGUGUUGCAGGACUCGGUUGGAGACAAACUGAACGUAACUGCCAUAAUGGACACUUGGCUGCGACAGGAGGGCUAUCCCGUCAUCAACGUGACCAGAUCCGGAAAUAAGUUUGUGCUGAACCAGAAACGAUUCCUGGCCAAUGUAGACGCCGAAUUCGAUCCCUCCAAGUCGGAUUACGGAUACAAAUGGACCGUGCCCAUCACUUAUAUCACGAACAAACAGAAACAACCUGCUGUGAUGUGGUUCGAUAAAAAUGCGAGUGAAGUACUGAUCGACGCCGAGCAAGAUACCGAAUGGAUCAAAUUAAAUGUGGAGCAAGUCGGCUAUUACCGUGUCAAUUACGGUAUGGAUGGCUGGAAAAUGUUCCAAGACCUGCUUCGGUCUCAGCACAUGAAUUUCUCAGUAGCAGACCGAGUAAAUCUUUUAGACGACGUCUUUAAUCUGGCUGAAGCUGGCGAGCUGGACUACAGCGUCGCACUGAAUAUAAGUCUUUACCUCAGUGAAGAAUACCAGGCUAUUCCUUGGAUAGUCGCGAGCUCCAAAUUGAAAACAAUAGACACUUUGUUAUCCGCCAAAUCGAAUUCGAUUUCAUCACUAUUUCAGGCGUUCGCCAGGAAACUUGUAAAACCCAUUUAUGACGCGAGUUCGACUGUCAAUGACACUCUCGUCGUCAUCGAGGACGAUAAUGCAUCGUCAACCGUCGUCGACGACAGAUUGCGAAGAACGGUGCUCGAGUUCGCCUGUGCGAUGAAUUAUACGGACUGCCUGCAACGAGCGGGAUGGCUGCUGAAGAAGUGGCUGAAUGAUCCCAGAGACACAUGGCCAGAUCCCAACAUACGUUCUGUAAUUUAUUACUACGGUAUGCGCCACGUUUCGAACGAGGCCGACUGGCAUCUCAUGUUCGAUCUGUUCAAACGCGAGACUGAUCCCAGCGAGAAAAUCGAACUGAUGAGGGGCUUGGCAGGCAUACGGUCCACUGCGAUCCUGAAGGAAUUCAUCACCAAGGCUACCAAUACAGAAUACGUUCGCUCGCAAGAUUUCCUGAGCUGCUUGAUACUCAUCUCCGGCAAUCCUGACGGUACGUUGCUGGUGUGGGACUGGGUGCGCGACAACUGGGAGUUCCUGGUGGAUAGGUACACGCUGAACGACCGAUAUCUGGGUAGCCUCAUACCGGCCAUUACACGAUCGUUCGCCACGCAAACGAAGCUGGACGAGAUGAAGGCCUUCUUCGAGAAAUACCCAGAAGCAGGUGCCGGUGCAUACAGCCGCGCCAAAGCUCUCGAGACCGUCUCGAAGAACGUCAAGUGGCUCGCUAGGAACGCCGAGAAGCUCGAGAACUGGCUCGUCGCGCACGUGGAGGACUAUUAAAUCGGGUGAACGUGCAAACAUACCAAAGACCAUCCUCGGGAUGGCGCUCUGAGUGGACUUGAAGUCUAACAAUUGAAAGAAAAAAUUUUUUAGCCAUGCAUGCGGGCAAUUAAUCGUGAUUUUAUAUAAUAUUGCGACUAAUGUCGCGCUACUCUGAUGAAGAAAGCGCGCUCGAGAUGUACCGCAAGUACAUCGUCACGUGAAUCGUGACACCAGUUUGCAUUUUAUGUGAAAUAUACAUAUUUCAUGCGAUGCGUUUUAUUAAGGAAUAAGAAAGAGUAUCUUGUACUCAAAUAUACUUUAUACAAAUAUAAUUUUCUGAUUAAAUACGA